AUGCCGCGUAGUGAUUUCCACACGUACGACCUGCAGGAGGUAACAUUCGUUGAUCAGUUUCUGGCUGUUUUUUGGCGUUUGGGUCUGCAGGGUCUGCGAAAUAAGUUUUAUCUGCUUCUUGAGAUUUUUGUUCCGCUUCUCUUCAUCGUGAUCACUGUCAUCUUGUGGGCCGUGUGGGGUACUGAACACUUUGAUUUUCAGAACUAUGUGGACUAUGAUAAUCUUCCGAUGGCAAUCGAUGGGAGUGUGUACAAGAAUUAUGUGUGCUCCAAGGAUGCGGGUGGGAUACCAGGGAUUGCCACAUGUUUGGAUCUUUCCAUGUAUGACUGUGAGGGUGAUGAGAGUUCACUGCCGUACAAAGGGCUGUGUGUUCACAAGGUCGCUGGGGGUGCCAAAGGACUUGUCGGUUUUUUCCUGAAUUCCCUCAUCGGUCGUAUUGUACCCAUCCCAACGCUUGAUGGGCUCAUCAUGUACCAGUGGCUUGCACGCAAGUCAAACAACAGAAGUGUGAUGUCCUCCGGUUUGAUUCCCAAUACGCGGGCGUCUGCGAUCUUGUGUUCUGGAACCUUGUAUUUUGUUGGUGAUGCUGCGAUUGUGAAUGGAAUAGUGAGUCAUUUGAGAUCGAAUUCCCUAUAUUUCCAUACAGUAGAGGGUGGUGUUUUCGGAACAUUGGCUGAGGCCGAGGCUCUGGUCCGGGGAAACACGCUGAACUGGGGUAUUGUCCACAUAUCAAGAUUCGAUGCCACUCACCUCGACGCCAGGAUUUACCUUAACUACAGUGCGUUGCCAAAACUGGAGGAGAUACCAGCAGAUACGUAUCCAGGUGGUUUCCAGUUUGAUAAGGCGGAGUUGUACAUUGCAUCAGGGUAUUUGACACUGCAGAGUCUGAUAUCGGAGUAUCACAUCAAUUACUUCUAUCCCACUGCAAAAGUUAAAACUACAAUGUACGUGGCUGCGCAGGCCUUUGUGGAAUAUCGUCGGAUACCCUUGUUGAUUUACGCUCACGCGAUAUUACCCCUUAUAAUUGCUCUGGCGUUCCUCUACAGUGUGACUUACCGGACAAAGGUGAUUUUACUGGAGAAGGAAAUGCGCGUCCGUGAGGCCAUGUUGAUUAUGGGGAUGAGAGACUCCGUAUUGUAUGCGUCAUGGUUUGUAAGACCCAUAGCAGUCGAUUUUGUUGUGUGCACGCUUGCCACCAUCCUGCUAAAGUGUACAUACAUGACGCAAAGCGAUGCAUUUGUCAUUUUCAUGGUUUUCAUUGUAUUCACACUGACAACUAUCCCAUUUUCUGGUCUGCUGUCAACUUUCUUUAGCAAGGCCCGACUCGCGUCACUGCUUGCACCCAUGGUAUACUUUAUUUUUACUGUACCGAACCUUCUGGUGCCAAAAUCAGGCAAUGCGGCGGUGAUUGUAUUUGCUUUGUUUUCACCGUCAGCAUUUGUUACUUUGCUGAAGCAUCUCAUGUUGGGAGAGGUGUCGCGCGGUUUCGGGGCCAACGACAUAUCAAGUGACGCGUACCAGCCAACGAUGGCUCUGAUGAUCCUAAUGUUGAUCGUCGAUUUUUUCCUGUAUACUCUCCUAAUGUUGUACUUUGACGCGGUAUUUCCGAAGGACUGGGGCACGCCAAAGCACCCAUUUUUCUUUAUCAUUGACCCGAUCCGCUGGUUACUUGGUAGAGGUAAAGAACAUGGGGAGGGUGGUCCCGAUGGAUGUGCUGAAGACGGAGUUUUCGAGGACUCUGACAAUGAACAGGAAAACGCCGUUCAGCUCUGUGGACUUCGAAAGGUAUUUAAGCGUGGCGGGAAAAAGUUUGUUGCCGUGGACAACUUGUACUGGAACAUAAAAACAAGUGAGAUCUCUGUGCUGUUGGGUCAUAACGGCGCCGGCAAGUCCACCACAAUUAAUAUGAUGACUGGAAUGGUAAAGGCCGACGGUGGUGAUUGCUAUGUGUACGGACUCUCUGUGCGACACCAGCUGUCGAAGGUGCGCCAGCAGCUUGGAUUUUGCCCACAGCAUAAUAUCUUGUGGCCGGAGUUGACAUGCCGUGAGCACCUGGAGUUCUUUGGGAGGAUCAAGGGGUUAAAGGGUGCCAGACUGGAGAAGGCUGUUCAACGCAUGCUAAGCGAGACGGAUCUCUAUGAGAAGAUGAAUUGUCGAUCAUCCGCCCUCUCUGGUGGGCAGAAGCGUAAGCUGUCCGUGGGCAUUGCGUUCGUGGGUGAGAGCCCCCUUGUAUUUCUUGACGAGCCGACUUCUGGCAUGGAUGUGGGUGCCCGUCGUCAUACGUGGGAGUUGCUGAAGCGGAUGGCGGCAUCCCACACGAUUCUGCUGACUACACACUACAUGGACGAAGCAGAUCUGUUGGGUGAUCGUAUCGGCAUCAUGAAUGAGGGUCGUCUACAGUGCUCAGGUAGCAGCAUGUUUUUGAAGUCAAGGCUUGGGUUGGGUUAUAGUAUGGCCAUAUCAGUACGGCCGGAUGCUGACGUUGAAGAAAUUGACGCAGUUGUGUAUAAUUGCAUUAAUGGGGCGGAACUACUUGGGAAUACCGGAUGUGAACUGACGUACCGAUUACCUCAGCAAGAGGCCCCUAAUGUUCCCGUGCUGCUCGACUUAAUUGAGGAAAAGCAUGAUCUGGGUGUGCUUGGUUACUCCCUUUCUGCGACGACUCUUGAAGAGGUUUUUCUUCGUGUUUCACAACCUCCGACGGAGAUGCCAUUGUCCAAUAAUGAUUUUUCCUUUCUGUGGAACUGUGGAAGAAGCAGUUCUUUGUUUUCAUCACAGUUUCUCGUGAUGAUGAUGAAGCGAGUGUGUAUUGCUCUACGAGACCGACGCAUGCAGUGCUUUCAACUCGUGUGUCCUGUUGUGUGUACGCUUGUGGCCAUGUUGUUUGGUCUUGUUAAAGCAAACCACGUGGACCUGCUGGAGUUGUCAUUUGGUAUGUACCCGGGGGAGACCCUAAUAGACACAGCCCAAUGCAAUCAGUUUUGGGGAAAUGAUCCAAGUUUGCCACAUGUGAUAAUCAACGAAACGCAUUUGAAGAAUGCAAAAUAUCUUGGUGACUAUGGUGCUGAUACGUGGUUUGGGCACGGCCUGCCGCGCUAUGCUAGUAUUUCUUGCAUUGACCGUGAUCUGUACCAGAAAACAGGCACAACGAAUCCUGUCAUCAUGCUGUACAACACCUCAGUUAAUCACCAAGUUGGUAUAAGCAUGGCCGCAUUUUACCAACUUUUGUUUGAAUACAUUGCGGGCCGUUCAGCCAACGUUUCUUGGUAUGUGGGUACUAUGCCUUCUAGUGUCGAGGCAUCAGAUGCGCUUGAAAUUAUUUUGAUAGGCGCGAUAAUCAUGAUUCCGUUCACUUUUCUGCCCUCGAACCCAGUCGCAUGGAUAGUGAAGGAACGAGAGUGCGGCGCUCUUCAUCUACAGAAGGUUGUUGGACUGCGUUUCUACACUUACUGGCUUACAAAUUUUCUUUUUGAUGUCUUGGCGUACAUUGUGUCGGUAAUUUGCAUCAUUCUGCUGUUCGUGAUAUUCCAGCGCAAGGAGUAUAUUGGGAGUGACACUGUUGGACCUCUUUUAACUCUUUUUCUUGUGUAUGGUCUAACAAGCACCGUUGCCGGCUACGCCAUCAGUUUUCUUUUCAGUGAGCACUCGACGGCGCAGACGGUCGUGAUGGCUGUGGGUUUUGUGACGGAAUUUCUGUUAGUUAUGGUGGUGUAUAUCCUCUCACUUAUUGAGAGAACAGCCACCACCUCUGAUAACCUUCGUUGGCCCUUCCGUCUGAUCCCGACGUACUGCAUUGGUGAGGGUAUUAUCAACCUUGGGACAUUUGGCAACAAGAAGGCCUCAGGUACUGUGAAUUCGGCGUUCGCUCUCACCGUCACAGGAUACCCUAUUCUGUUCCUUGGAAUUGAAUUCCCUGUGUUUGUGUUGCUGGUACUUUUGAUUGAUCACCCCGGGAGGCGGUUAUGGUGGGGUCGCUUGUGGUAUCACCGACAUGCGGAGCUCGACGAUGGGGAUUUUUCGCAGGGAGACUCUGACGUUGAGGACGAGCGAGAUGCAGUGUACAACGCCGCACAACACAGUAUAGAUGAUGGUGUGGUGACGGUGUUGAAUUUACAGAAAAAAUACGGAAAUUCUAAACUGGUGGUGCGAGGUAUUACAUUCAGCAUAAUGCCUGGUGAAGUUUUUGCCUUUCUAGGCACCAAUGGUGCUGGUAAGACAACGACCAUCUCAAUACUUUGCCAGCAGCUUUUGCCAACUGGCGGAACCGCCUCUGUAUGCGGCUACGACGUCGUGGAUGCUGGAGCAAAAACGUUGGAGUGCAUUGGCUACUGCCCGCAGUUCGAUGGGACUCUUGAUUAUUUGACUGUGGAGGAACAUCUUCGUCUGUACUGCGGCCUCCGUUGUGUCAUGGAGAACGAGAGGAGUAAUGUUAUUGAGUCCUUGCUUCUAAUGUGUGACAUCGCCAGAUACCGCCGCACGCUGGCGCACGAACUGAGUGGAGGGAAUCGCCGCAAGUUGAGCGUGGCGAUUGCGCUUGUGGGUGGGCCGCGUGUUGUAUUCCUCGACGAGCCGUCAGCUGGCAUGGAUCCCGUUGCGCGGCGCGGUCUGUGGACGAUGAUCAAGAGGAUCGCCGACAACUGCUCCGUCGUGCUGACAACACAUCACCUCGAGGAGGUGGAGGCACUGGGGGAUGUAGUAGCCAUCAUGGUCGACGGCAAGUUGCGCUGCAUCGGCGACAAGACGCAUCUCAAAAAUAAGUACGGUAGUGGGUUUGAGGUGACGGUGCGUCUCGGCCGCGAUGACGAGCCAGCAGUGGCCGCGGUGGAGGCGUUCUUCUACGAGAGUUUCCCCGGCACACGACUCGAGGAGCGCCGCUCGAACCGCAUGACGUUUGCCCUGCCGCGGACAACAAAAUUGUCUCUGGCGUUUGAGUUGUUGGAGAAACACCACCUUGGACUUGGCUUGACGGAUUAUCACGUUUCGCAAACAUCGAUUGAGCAGGUAUUUCUUCGAAUCAGCGAGGAGGCUGAACGCGCACGUGAAGAAGAGGACGUUCGUUUGGAGGCUGAGAGGGCACAAAGGGGAAAGAGGCGGUGCUCAUGUUUUUGUUAA